UGCUAACCUGGUCAUUCAGUUGUUCUUUAAAGUCCUCGUUCGAAACUGGUCGACUGUUCUGUAGUGCUUCCUAAUCGAAGAAACAAUUAACUCGUCAACCUUAUCAACCCCAGGCUUGUUAGUUCACGUUUCACGCCUCGGCAGCAGCGCUGACAGGAUCUGUCGAAAAAAGGUCCGCUUAAUUAAAAUCUUGACCCCGCCGGAGAUAACCGAAAUUGAAGAAAAAAAUUAACACGGUGGCGGCCGGGAUCGGUAGUUGUCUUCGUCUUCUGAGCAGCUCGACAAUGUCACCUCUCAAGUUUGCGGCCAAUUUGAACUUUCUGUUCACGGAAUCGGCGGAUUUUGUUGAACGAUACCGAUUGGCCAAGGCGGCCGGAUUCGGUGGUGUCGAGGGACCUUAUCCACCUAAGAACGUUUCCGUGACAGACUUGGUGCGUGUCCAGCAGGAAACCGGACUGGAACAGGUUCUGCUCAACAUCGACCUUGGAGAUGUACCGGAUGGACAGUUUGGGUGUGCUGCGUUUCCGGAACAGGAAGCUAACUUCAUAAAGAAUCUAGAAAGAACCAUAGAAUGUGCGAAGGCUUUGAACUGCAAAAAAAUUCACAUAAUGGCUGGAAAGUUGAAGGAACCCCUAUCAGAUCAGCAUGACUCCACGUACAUAAGCAACUUGAAGGCAGCAGCACGAAUUCUUGAAAAAAACAACAUCCUCGGAGUGAUUGAACCCAUCAACAAGUAUGCCGUUCCCGGGUACUACCUGUCCAGUUACGAAAAAGCAAUUGGAGUUAUCCGGGAAGUUAACAGCCCCCAGCUGAAGUUGAUGUUCGACAUUUAUCAUGCGCAGCACAUCCGAGGUGACAUUACCAAGGGCAUUAGGGAGUUCGCAUCCGAUCUGGGACAUGUCCAGCUGGCUCAGGUUCCCUGCCGCACUGAACCGGACAGUCCCGGGGAGCUGGACUAUCGAUACGUGCUGCCAACGCUGGCCUCUGCCGGAUAUACCGGCUGGGUGGGCUGCGAGUACAAGCCUCGGGCCGGAACCGAGGCCGGAUUGGGUUGGUUGCGUCAGUUUGGCUAUUGGAACUGAAGUUCUCCAAUUGUCCAAUUAUCAAUGUCCAGUGACUAAUUUGUGUCGCGUUCAUAUAGUAUCAUGUUAAAACGAGAAUGUUCUAUGUGAUAAAGAUUUUUAAUAAAUUUACAAUGUAUACGUACUAAAA